AUGGGUAAAGUACCUCAAUCCGAACAUCAGCACAAUGUAAAUAUGACUAUAGUUUCUAUGUUAUCUCAAGAAGACCUGCCUAUUUCAUCGUUGUGGGACUUAGAAUUAUUGGGUAUCCGAGAUCCUGUUGAACAAAAAACUAAAGAAGAGUCAAGAAGAGCUAUUAUGGUUCAUUUCCAAGAAACAGUUCGUCAAUUAGAAAAUGGUAGAUACGAGGUUGAUAUGCCUUGGAAGAUUGAGCAUGCAGUCUUACCUGACAAUUAUGACCUAUCUUUGAAAAGACUCGAAUCUACUACGAAGAAGUUGGAAAAAAUCGGAUAUCGUGAAAGGUAUCAUGAAGUCUUUAAUGAAUGGCUGCAGGAAGGAGUGAUUGAAGAAGUUCCCCAAAAGGAGUUGUCUUUACCCGUUGUUCAUUACCUCCCACAUCGUCCAGUCAUUAAGGAAACGUCCUCACUAUCUUCCAUGAAAAUUAGACCCGUUUUUGAUGCUUCGGCAAAGCUUUCUAAUCAGCCAUCUCUAAAUGAUUGCUUAGAGACUGGAAUUAAUUUGAUUGAAACUAUUCCGUCUAUUCUAGCAAGAUUUCGCUUACAUGAAAUUGGUGUGAUUUCAGACAUCAGAAGAGCUUUUUUUACAGAUCUCUAA